AUGCCACCCGCCGUUACACCAGAGGCCAUUGGAUUCUUGUCCGCAGUUGGCGUCUUCAUUGUCCUCCUUGCAGUCCUCUUCCUCUUCAUCAACAAGAAGUUAUGUUUCGAGAAGAUAGGGGGGCUCCCCUGCUUGGAGCAACGAGGGAGGCGAAAGCACUACAAGGAGAGGUCUAGGGUUCACGAGAGCCUUGUAAACAGUUAUGGGGAGGAUGAAGAGUUAACUACAUCCUCGGACAGCGAUGACGAGGUGAUCAAACAGUUUGAGAUCUCGGUGUCACGCUCGCAGAGUUUUCGAUCGGCAGUGUCUGAAAAAGGAAUCCAGGUGGGGGCCGAACGUAAGCCGCGAUUCAACCGCUUGCUGUCGAACCACGAGGAGUACAGCACCGAGGCCUCCGAAUGCGAAGAUCUGGAUGGGCUAAGCCAACUGAGUUACCAAGACAACCUCUCCUAUCAUGAAGAUGACCACGUAUCUGUUGAUUCAAGGACUGCAUCCGAGAGUAGGGGUACUGGUCAGCACAAAGAACCUGGCAUGGAGGCCAGCGUUGCCAAUAGCCUCAGCCGGCAAGCCACCGAAGGGAGCCUGGAGAUGGAGACAGCCUUUAGCAAUCAGGGAUAUGAAGGAAAUGACGCCACUGACAGCUCAUCCGCUUGGAGCCCGGAGGAACAUGAUGGAACGCACAAUCUUCCAGCUCAUCACAGCACCCGUGAGCCCAUCUCUAAAUGCGGUGACCUAGACAUCACCUUUGAUUAUAAGGCCUCAAGCCAGAAGCUGGUGGUGACUAUCCUAGAGGCAAAGGAUAUCCCAGACAAGGACCGUAGUGGUGUGAACACGUGGCAAGUUCACACUGUUCUGAUGCCCAGCAAGAAACAAAGGGCGAAGACGAGUGUGCAGAGAGGACCCACUCCUGUGUUCAAGGAGAAGAUGACCUUCAGCAAGGUGGAGCCAGAAGAGCUGAGUAACUAUGCGCUCCGGUUCCGUCUCUAUGCUGUGCACAAAAUGAGCAGGGAGAAGAUGAUGGGGGAGCAGUUGUUUUACUUGAGCAACCUCAAUCAGGAGGGAGAAAUGAAGGUGACGCUGGUGCUGGAGCCCCGGAGCAACCUGAGUAGCGGAGACUCGCAGCUUAGUCUGUCGGCCAUCUCCCACAGCGAUAGUGCUUCUUCAACACAGUCCCUGUCACACGGAGGGGUGCCAGAGCUGCUGGUGGGGUUGUCAUACAACGCUACAACUGGACGGUUGUCAGUAGAGAUGAUCAAAGGCAGCCAUUUCCGAAACCUCGCUGUUAACAGGCCGCCUGAUACCUAUGGGAAGCUCUGCCUUCUCAACUCCAUGGGCCAGGAGAUGUCUCGGUGCAAGACCUCCAUCCGUCGUGGACAGCCAAACCCCAUCUACAAGGAGACGUUCGUCUUCCAGGUCGCCCUUUUUCAGCUUUCUGAUGUCACGCUGAUGAUUUCCAUAUACAACAGACGCAGCAUGAAGCGCAAGGAGAUGAUUGGCUGGAUUUCUAUGGGUCAGAACAGCAGUGGAGAAGAAGAGCAAAACCAUUGGCAGGAAAUGAAGGAGACAAAGGGGCAGCAGGUCUGUAGGUGGCACACCCUACUGGAGUCCUAGCAGUCCCUGGUGCAACUCUGAGCUCCCAGGACUGUGUGCUGGUCUUCUCACCCCCACCCAGGCACUGUCACCCAGCUGAAAGCAGUCAUCCCAUUGCAAAUGUCAAAAACCAUCAGGUCAUAUUUCACCUAGUUUUUUAACAGUCACAGUGAAUGUAGGUGGCUGCAGCCUGGUCAGCAAAUGUAUCCAUUGCCUUUUAAGGGGUUUCAUAUAUAUUUUCUCAGCCAAAUAAAUAACCAACAGGGAAGAAGUUAGGGGGGGAAAACAAUCAACUCUUUCUACCCUCUUGCUGUCCCUAUCUCAGUCCUAGAAAUAAACAUUUGAUACCACGUGUGACUGAAUAAUGUAUUUUUCAGGUAGCAUGGGAAAGCACUAGAGAGUUCUCUGUCGACUUCUAAGUGCCUAGAGAUUGCGGUUACUCAGCUGGGUUAGCAUUGGUACUGUUGACUAGACUAAGUGCUAUUUGAAGUAAGCAUAUCUCCCUUCUUGUGCAAUUUUUAUUGUGUAUCGCUGAGUGUUUGCAUGUAUGCUGAUUUAAGAUAGCGUUGUACAAUGCAUGCAUAGAGGCUUCCUGGUUUCCCCAGCUUGUUGCUUCUAUCAUUGUGAAUAACAAAAUUAAGGAGACCAGAACAAGCUGCAUGCCCACCGUGGUGCCUCGGUCACUAUUUCUUUAAAUGGGUGGCUCACUUGGGAAGGUGACUCUGUACUUCACAGGAAGGGCCUCUCAGGUUGGAUUCAUCCGCAUGCUUUGGUUUGCUUUUCCCAUGUAGUGAGCAGCCAGGCCAAAGUCAAGUCUCAGUGGUACCACUGCAGUGCCAGGAAGAAGCACACACAUCUCAUCUGUAUUCCACUUCUAGCACAGGCCUCAACCCUGAGCCACAUCUGGUCAGCCCAUCCUGGGAAGCAGUGACAGCAACAAGGAAGGGUGGCUGGCGGGUCAGUCCAGCAGAUAGGGCCACCCCAGCCACAGCCUUUCUUCUAGCUUUCUUCUUAAAGCAAUGGCUCUAUUGCAUCUUGCUUAGCAGAAAUAUGGUCUGCUGUUUCAUUAAAAUGGCAGAAGGGCUAUUGGGCACCUCUAGAGCAGCACAAAUGGAAACAAGGCUGCAAGAGUUUGAAAACAAAAGUGCUACGAAAAAUAUUUGGUGCAACACAAGAAAACUGAGCAUGGAGAAGAAGACAUGAUCAAAAGCUUGUGGACCUCCACAAGAGAGAAGGUGUGUGAAGCAGGCCUUGGAAGCUGAGGUGGAGGGUAUCAGACCUGGAAAUAGAACAAGGCAAUGAUGGGAAAAUAAUGUAAAAAAUUAUCCAGAAGGGAUAGGCACAGAUGCAACAAGGUGAAAGGAGAUUGUGCAAGAUAGGAGGAAGGGGCAGUUAAGGCAGUCACAGACCCUCGAGGCCUCUGAGACCAGAGAGAGCACUACAAAGCUGCCAUGGCAGGAUGUGGCCCAUAUAAUCCAGCAAACCAAUUCAUCUUUGGCUGCAGUGUUAGCGCUGCUCAAUCACAGGCUGAAAAGAAAAUGGAGCUCAGCUGAGUGGUUAAGUGGUAAAUCUAGCAAUCUGGGGCUUAUUACCCCUACAGUGUGCUUCACAUCAGGACAAAAGCACCGUGAUCUGUCCUGCUUGACAGGUGUCAUCAUUAUUGAAGUUAUGCUGUGUAAUCUUUGCAUCAUUCCUUUCUAUGAGCUGCACCAACUGUAUAUGUGAGUGCAUGAGGUGGUUUUGUUACGUGGGCUGUGCGUGCACAAUAAACUUACAGGAGUUCAUUUAAUAACCCAUUGUUCAUGUCAGAUGCCACAUGCAAUUAAUAUAAAGCUAAAAUAAUUACAUAUUGUUUGGAAGUUGCAGAAACUAGCUGGAGGUACCCCAGAUGUAUAAUAACAUAUGUUUUUACACUUCAUCCUUGUUCAAUCUUGGUACAGAUCCUUUUCAAGAGGAAUUAAGUUAAGCGGUUUUGGACUUCCACAGUGUUUCACAUCAAGAUCUAUUUUGAAGAUUAUAGACAGGAAAAUCAUUUUAAAAUACAUUUACACUGUCGCAAGUAGUUGGUCACAGUACAGCGGGAAUAAGUAAUUAAAUCAAUUCAAACCAUAUUAAUUCUUAAUGCUUUGCGUGGAUAUUUGGCAUUAAAAGGCAUUGGCGGUUGUAUCAAUUGUUACAGCAGUCAUUUGUCCUGGUUCUUACCAAGGAAAAUUGCUCAGGGAGGUGGAAUUAUUGAAACCUGUUAAUCAAUGCACGGAGUCCAGAGCAACAUGUUCUUGUUGUGCAUCGAGUUCCUGAUGAAGUAUGGAGGGACUGAGUAAUGUUGAAACAAGCUUAGCCUUCUGGGUGCUUAUACUUAUAGGCUUAUGUUCAUUUUUCUCUUGCUGCUAUUAAUGACGCACCUCUCUAAUAUAUAUUUUUUUCUUUUCACUCCUGAUGAUAGGGGAUUUCUUUUGGCAGCUGCAUUCUGCCACUUGCCUGCAUAUUCCUCAACCUAUAUGUCUCUUUGCAUAGAUAUCUUGUGCUCAUAAUCCCCUUCUGCAUUAUGUAGAGGUGACUGCAGUGUCAGUCGUUUUUCUGAGCUCACUUUUCUCUGCCAAUGACAUUGGAGAAGGUAAAAAGAAAUGUCUUGGGAGAUGCUUCCAUUCCUUGACGGGCUUCAUAGGAUUUUUCUUUCCAUCAAAUACUCAACUCUAUGAUCACGGUGACCUCAAGGCACGUAUUUGGCUGGACCCGAUAAUCUUCCGAGGUCCCUUCCUGCCUUACAAUCUACAAUCUAUGAAUUUCCAUGUUCUGCCAACACUGGGGGGCUGGAGGAUCCUGCUGUCCGAGAGAGGAGAAAGAAAUACUGAACACUAAUCCCACAGCCCGUAAGGUCAGGAGAAGAGGCUUGGAUAGCAUAGUUGAAGAUGCAGCACAUGCAACUAAUGGCAAACAGAGAUUGAGCUGCCGUGCCAUGAGUUCUCAGAGAUUUUCAACUUCCCAUUUAUGCUCAUAUUUUUGGAUAAUUAUUCUCCCUUUGCCACCCUUGACCAGGAUUUCCUUUCAUCUCCUUUGGACUUUUCCUUCCCUUUAUAACAUUUAUUAAGUUCUCGUUAGGGAAGUUGCUACUGGUACUGAUUUACCCAAACGUGUUGUGGACAGCUGUUCUGUAACCAUUGCCGUGUGCCUGCCAGCGCGCCUCUGACAACUGCUGUCUGUUCCUUUCUGGGGGGACCGGGGACCAUCUCUCCUGGUAGUCUGUCUCGUGUUUCUUUACGUGCAUCAACAAGCAAGAUGAUCCCACCAAAUGUUAUUUUCUUCUCUUGCAAUACUGAAUUCAUCUGAGAGUCCAACAGAGGACUCGACUCUGUUGAUGUAUCGGGCUAUGGAGCUGCCUGUUUACAAAGGCUUUAUCUGAACUGUUUUCUGUCAAUGAAAAGAAAGAAAUCUAAACCAGUGUCUUGCUUACAUCGAGUGGCUUUUUUCCUAACGUUGGCCUUCCAUAUGGGUGGGGUUCUCUUUUGUUCCUAUAGACCGCCAAAUGCUACAUGCGUCCCCCGUGGGAUUUUGGGGUUUAGUUUAUAGAGUCAUGGGUGCGCAUACAAUACGCCAGUGUAUUUUUAUCUGCUGCAGAGCCACGCAGCAGCUGGGCACUUUAUACGACAGGCUGAUGCUCUGGCGUGAAUGUCUUCAGACAGUCUUGAACUGCAACCGCGCUCUACGCUGCCAGCUGCUCACGGUUGUUUCCCAGCGCACAGUCUCUGGUGUCCUCCUGAGGAGCGAGGGGUUAUCCACCAGUGGCAGCUCUCCUUGCCCUUCAGAUGGAGCUGGCAGUGACCUUGAAGACUGCCUGCAUGUUGAGCUUUCUUUCAGCCCGAUGUGUAUCAUCAUCUUUAAUCCAUCUGAUUACUUCACUUCAGUACUUUUUUUUUGGUGAUCAACCAUCUCCUGUCCACCAAUAUGCAGAGCUAUAAUACGAAGACUGAGGCAUGGAAGGGCAAGCAUUGCCCUCCAAUUUCUUUUGCCCUGGUACCAAGGCCUGUAAGAGAAAUAUUCAGGCCAGGAACAUCAUGGUAGGGGGGUCCCCACCUCCUAUUCUGAACCAGAAAAUUAUCUGAGAGGGGGCGGGAGGGGGUGUCCCUCAAGCUUGGGGCCUGGCACCCCGACUUCCUCCCAUUCCUCAACCCUGCCUGAUAUUACCUUUUCCUUGUCUCCUGGUUGGUGCCUUUCAAGAUUGUCCUCCUAAUUUAUAAGGCUCUGUCUGACUUAGGUUUUGUCAGCACAGAAGUGAAAUUGUUGCCAGGAUGGUUCAGGAGAUCAUACUGCUUGUGGGUGAUAUCUUUUAUUGGACCAACUGUAUUAGGUUUUGUCUACCUGCAAGCAUUGAACCCCUAGAACUGUGUUGGUUAGGACUGUGAUUUUUCUUAAACCAAAAUACUUGUCCUAGUACAGCCUGUGGUGAGGAUAGUUAUAAAAAGCCCUAAAUUGUCACAGCUUUUGGUAGGCAAUAGUUCUCCUAGUCUCAAGCACUUUUAAUGGUCAUUAUAUAUCGUAAAAGGGCAAGAGGCCCUGAAGGAAAUACAAUUUAACAUGCAAAAGCACCUUUAUCCCCCUGAAAUGCACUGAGGAUGAUGCUUGCAGCCCAUCCCAGGGACAUGCAAGUAGGGACCAAAUCAGGCUUCCACGGACUGCUUCAGUUUUGAAGCAGCCAAGAUUUCUCUGUUCUGUGUAUAGUACUGGAGGCAAAUAUUUGUCCAAGCCUCAGGCAGCUUCUUGAUGCCUGAGAGAGGCAACUUUCCUUUGGAGUGACACAUCCUGUAAAUCAAAAACAUCCUCCGAGUCUUAGAGCUGAGCUGGAAAAGAAGUACAAAAUACUUCCAAAUAAUGAUGCACGUGGUGACUUGGAGUCUUUAGCAGGUGUAAUCAGCUGUUAGAUAAGACACUGCAAUGAAAAUAAACAGUGAGGAAAGGCUCUGAAGGAGAUGUAUACAUAUUUAGAGUGACUUUUUUAUUAAAAAGAGAGAGGAGCUUCACAGGAACACGAGGCUGUCUGCACAGAACAAAUUACAAGCACAGAAUCCAAAGGAGAUCGUGUGGAUAAGAUUGUCAGCAGCAGCUACAAAUGGCAAAGGAUAUCAAUCCUCAUGCUUUCAACUGCAAGGUGCUUCUCAGACAGGAUCAGGAAGAUCUCCCCACCCGAUCCCCGUGGAUGUAGCACAAAAUUGCACUGUCGAACAGGGGUUGCACCUUGGCUAGAUAUCGGACAGUAGAGCAGAUGGGACAAAGGACCAGAUAUUCAUCUCUUCUGGCAUGACCACCUCCCCCUUCCUAGUCCAAAAUCAUUCACAGAAUAGAUAGAGGAGCCCCUAAACAUACUCUUCUUGUGCUACCGCCACCCAGAUGCCCUUUUAUACAGGAUCUGUGCUCAAAGCAUCAUCCAGCCUGGAGUGACAAGUGAUGCUUGACACAGAUAAAUUUGCACACCCUCCCCCCCCAUAUCAGAUCUUACUAAAACCAUCCACUCGUCUUCAAGGCUUUUCUUUAAAGUUCCGUGAGUUCAGGUCUCAGGAUCAUGCCCUGCGUUGCAUGUCUGGAAUGACACAGGAUCGUGCCCUGCGUUGCGUGUCUGGAAUGACACAGCACCCUCCCUAGAUGAAUCCCUGCCCACAGAAUGGUGAGAGCCCAGUUUUCAAACAUGGUUGCCUGAGUGAGGCUACCUGCUGCCCUACAUUGGUGUCCCAGCUGGCACUUAGGUGUCUACGAUGACUACUGGGUGCCUAUGCAGUAGAAAACUGAGGAGGAAUGGAUCGUUCUGAUUUCUGCGGUCAUGAAAUCUGGGCCUAUCAGUUGCCUUUGCAAGGCAGCCAGCAAUGGGUAGCAAGGCUGUGGCUUUGGGUAAUUACUAGGAUCCUGCAAUGGGAAGAUAUUUUUAUGAUCACCCACCCUGGAUCCAGUGAAUGACAUAGUAGCUGAACUGUGAAUGGGCAGAAAUCUUCUAAGAUCUGAGUUAGUGCCAGAAAGCUAGCUGCCAUUUGGGACUCACAGUGAUCAGUUCCAGCUUGUCCAUAUUCCUCUUUGGGCAGUUUGAAGACAAAGCCUUGGGUGUUCUAAAAAAAAUGCACAAGAUUUUUGAAGAUUUUGGGGACCUGAGAAGUGAGUUGGAGCUAUCAGCAAAACCUCAGAUACUGGGUCCUUCUGUCUGACCAGACUACCUCCACUGGUAGUAAGUACAUGUCAGACAAAAAGAACCCCGGCAACAUCCUACCCUGCAUGGUCUGUGCUGAAAUUAUGGUGUACACAGGGAAGCAUUUUUGAGUAAGGAAGAACAUAAAGCCAUCUACUGAAAAUACUAGGUCCUGUGUUUUGCAUGGCUCUGCUUAAAGUCAGACCAGCUUUCUUCCCUGCUGAAAUCAGGCCUGUAGCUGUUGAAUAAGAAGAGUGCACGUGAUGGGUCAUGUGGGAAGCCUGGAGGCCCUGUGCAGCCAUAUAAGAAGCAUGUGUCCUAAAUCACCAGCAGCUGCAAUGGGAUGUUAGCUGAAAUAUAUCUGAUGACACAUGGCAAGGUCAGGCACAAGGUCAUAACUUCAUUCGGAUGACCUCAGGUGCAAGCACCCAGGAGUAUCCAGUUUUUCACCAGCUGUGCAUGAGUAUCUUCAUCAGUAGCUAAUAGUUUGGAGCAGUAACUGGAAUGCAUUGCUCUUUGAGGCUCCACAUGGUCAAACCAAUGUGUCCUCCAAGACACCACUUUAGGGUGUGGACACACAACACAUUUAUCCCAGGAUAAUUUACCUUGAAUUUUAUUCUGAAGUAGAAUGACACCAAGGUGCUAGCAGUCAUGAAACAGCCCUCUGGAGGUAGUUGCAUGGGAGAGGUGCUAUGACAGGGCCUCUAGGAGGUAUAGGAGCCAGUCCUAAUCUGUUUGCAAAUAACUAUCCUGGGAUGAAACAGACUGGAGCUCCAGACCCGCUAAAUGUACAGGGCCAAGUUAUUUCAGCUGUUUCCAGGGGCAGCUUUACCCUGGAAUUGAGUGGCUUACUUGGUAGGAAAGCUGGACAUCAGGUGCCCACUUUACUUUUCCUGUGGAGUGAAAUCAGUUCACUCCAGAGCAAAUGUGUCCUUUGUCUGCACCCAAAUUCAUUAGCAUCCAAGUUGUCCACUAUCUCCAUUGAGUCAGUGUUUCAAGUAUUGGACAAUCCCUGGGGAAAAGGAAAGCCCAGCCAUAGAAGGGAACUUUCAUGUCCUCAAAUGAACACGUGGAAGAACUUUGCACGCAACAUGGAGCGAAGAUAGUACCAUGUCCUUUAAUUAAUCCAAACCCAUUCUUCCUGCAGAUUCAGCUGCCACCUGGUCCAUUCCUUUGUGUGCCCCAGCCAACAAAAUAAGUCCCAAACUCAAAUGAAGAUGUGCCAACAGCCAGAUACUUUUUCCUUUGUCUGUUUUUAUCAUAAAAUUCCAGUACUCGCAAUUAAGAGAGGAAAAACCUCCUUCCUGUCACCGGCCAGAUACCAGCCCAGGCUGUCACUAGGCUUUUCCAGCCCCUGUUCCAAUGAGUCCUUAGGUCUCGCCCUUUCCAUCCUCACUUCACCCAUCUGCACUUGUUAGGAACUACAGAGAUCUGCUCCAAGGCAGGUCUGUGCGUGAUAGCAAUAUUUUCUGUGCAUGGUGCUCAGGAUAAAACCUGUUGCCUAAUCUCUUGCUGUCACUAUGUGGCAUCUCAAGCACAAACUUCCCAGCUGGGCAUGCACCACAUACUUCCCAUAACCCUCUGCUGUUGCUGUCAGGUCUUUUGUCUUACUGGGUCAAGCUGUCUGCUGGUGCUACUGCAUUAAUUUCAGUGCCACUACCCCAGCGGAGAACUUGGCCUGUUCUUCAUCAUAAAGAGUAGAAUAAGCAAGCUUGUUCACUUUAGCAUUUUAAAUAUUUGAUUGCAUUUAUACCUUAUAAAUUUUUUACAGUCAAGUGCCCUAGGGCACGUGCAUGAAGCACAUUUAAAUGUAUAUCUGCCUGGUUGGUUUGAAUAUACUGUACAUAACAAGCUAUUUCUAGUGCAUAUUGGACUCUUUCUACAUUGGAUCUAUAUAAUGUUCCUGGCAUAGGUUUUUACUGUCUUAUUGUUGCAUUAACAGCUGGACCCUGGAGAUGCACUGCCUUUAUAUAUAUGCUCCAAUCUUUCUCCUGUACCGUAUAUAGCUCAUUCCAAGACUUUCAGCAACACAUGCUAGCUACAGUGCUCCAUCUCCACCGUGUGUGUGUGUGAAUGUGAAUAGAUAGGGCUGGGUAAUAGGUCUACUUGAUGGUGAUCUGGGUCACUUGGCCUUUAGGUCUACUUGAUGGUGAUCUGGGUCACUCCAAGAGAAACUGGGAUUGUUUGAAAUUUUCCCUUACUUUACUUUCAUAUAAAUAAAGUGGGUCACAAAGCAGGUAGCAGUCCAAGGGGCAUUCCAAAUAAUUCAGAGCACAAGAGUCAGGGAACAAGUAAUAUCACUUUUGGUGCUCCUGACUUAUCAAGCACAUGCCUUAGCUAUGAACUGGCUUCUUAAGGAAGUAAUGAUAGGAAGAGAUGCACACAAAGCCAAAUUCAAACUUUGUUGCAAGUAGAAGCGCACCUAGCAGAACAUUAAUUGAUCCCUUUGCUUUGUGCUCAGAGGAACUCAGUUACUAAAAAGAAAAAAGAUGAAAAGACGAAUCAUUAUUACUCUGCGUAGAAUGUUGAACCCAGAUUCCCUUUUUUCAUUUUUGUAACAUUCAGGAUUGCAUAGAUAAUUGUCCUUUCAGCCUAGUUAAAAAAUAACUGGUACUGACUGGGAAGGCGACUGGAAUGACAUGGACAUCCAUCUUCCUGCUUUGAAGGAGGGGUCUAAAGUGCAAAAAUGUUGGGAAGAUGUGACUAAUGAGGUUUCUGAACAUCUGUUUAUAGGGAAGAAUGAGUGAUACAGACUUACAUGUCACUUUUCACGUUUUUGAAGAGGAAACAUUUUUAUUUUCCUUGUGCAUGUUCAUACAAUAUAUUGCCUCUUGUUAAUUCUAUGCUAUGUUAGGAAUAUCGAUGUUUUGAUGGGAUCGCACUGGAAACCGUGUUACCCCCAGCUCCUGCAAAAUGUCUUUACUGAACUCACAUGUAUCUAUAUCAGCAUUCAAAGCUGAGAAAUAGUCUGAUUUUACUACAGUGAUUAAUGUUGCUACUGGUUUUUAUCAAUAAAGUCUAAGCAGAUAGCUCAUGUA